UUUUUGACUGAAUUCUUGGAACUGAUUAAUUAUUUUUAAGUUUAGUUUUACUUUUAUUUAAUGUUUGUUUUUCAUGAAGGUAGUUGACUAAGUUUACCUUUGGUCUGACUUUGAAUUUCAUUUCAGAACUCGAAUUGAUAAUUAAGUUUAAUUAGCUUGAUUCUAUUCUAUUUCAUUUUGUUGAAUUUUGAUUUUGUAGUCAUAUGUUUAAGACAUGUUUUAUAUGUUUUUGUUUUAAUUAUAAUUUGUGGCUAUUCUUUGUUUGGUUGCUGAGAAAAUGCAGGGGUAGAGCUGAUAGAAAUUAGAUUGUUGAGGUUUAAUCAAUUAGGCAUUUCAACAUUUUCAAGUGGAUGAUUUUCAAUUGGACAAAUGUAUAAUUGGUUAUUGCUUAUGGAGUAGAAUUGAAUAGGAUACAUCAUGUGGUGGCUAUAAAAUCCGGUCUCGUUUAAGCAGCCGCACGGUUGUGUUGCAACCGUACUUCUAUUCGAUGGAACUAGACUAUUUUAUGAACUUUCUAGCUUUGGUUCAGUGAUUAUGAGAUGGUGUUAGACGUGGUUGCAGGUGCCUCGGCUGUUCCAGCUGCAGAGUUCCUGACCCAGAUUAUAGAGGGCAUCAUGGAGAUCUCAUAUGCUGCCAACAGUGUUCUUUUUAAGAAGGAAAGUUUUAAGGAACUUUCCGUUUACUUGGAAAGGAUUGUUCCCAUUUUGAAAGCACUCAAUAAGAAUGGCACUGGUCAUUCUGAGAGUUUAAACAAAGCAAUUGAGAUUCUCAAUCGAGAAGUUAAAACCGCAAAGCAGCUGACUGUUGACUGCACUAAGAGAAAUAAAGUUUAUCUUCUCAUGAAUUGUCGGACAAUUGUUAAGAGCUUAGAGGACAUUACGAAAGAAAUCAGCCGGGGUCUAGAUCUUCUUCCUUUAGCCUCUCUGGAUCUUUCAUCUGUUAUUUAUGAAGAGAUUGCAAGACUAUGUGAUAGCAUGCAGAGGGCCGAGUUUAAGGCAGCUGUAGCGGAAGAGGAGAUAUUGGAGAAAAUUGAGACGGGAAUACAGGAGAGAAAUGUUGAUCGUUCUUAUGCCAAUAACCUGCUGACUUCCAUAGCUGAGGCUGUUGGUAAUUCAACGGAGAGAGCCGCAUUAAAGAAAGAAUUCGAAGAGUUUAAGAGUGAGACUGAAAAUACUCAACUGAGGAAGAACCAAGCUGAAGCUAUACAGAUGGCUCAAAUUAUUGCUUUGCUAGAAAGAGCAGAUGCUGCUUCUUCUCCCAAGGAGAAGGAGAUGAAGUAUUUCACAAAAAGGAAGUCUUUGGGUAAUCAACCACUGGAACCACUCCAGUCAUUUUAUUGUCCAAUCACUGGGGAUGUUAUGGUGGACCCUGUUGAGACCUCAUCGGGACAAACAUUUGAGCGCAGUGCAAUCCAAAAGUGGUUCGCAGAUGGAAACAAAAUGUGUCCUUUGACCAUGACUCCCCUAGACACAUCCAUUCUACGGCCUAAUAAAACCUUGAGGCAAUCAAUAGAAGAAUGGAAGGAUAGGAACACAAUGAUCACAAUUGCUUCCAUGAAAUCAAAACUCAUGUCUGAAGAAGAGGAAGAAGUUCUCCAUUAUCUGGAACAGUUGGAGGUUCUCUGUGAACAGAAGGAUCAUCAUCGGGAAUGGAUACUGUUGGAGAAUUAUAUAUCAGUUCUAGUCCAGCUUCUUGGUGCAAAGAAUCGUGAUAUAAGGAACCACGCCCUGGGCAUUCUUUGCAUUCUAGCUAAAGAUAGUGAUGAUGCCAAGGAAAGAGUUGCAAAUGUUGAAAAUGCGAUUGAAUCUAUUGUUAAAUUUCUUGGGCGUCGAGCUGGCGAAAGGAAGUUAGCUGUGGAAUUACUGUUAGAAUUAUCAAAAUAUACCCUGGUAAGGGAUUGUGUUGGGAAGGUUCAAGGUUGCAUUCUCCUCUUAGUGACUAUGUCGAACAGUGAUGACAGUGAAGCUGCCGCAGAUGCCCAAAAGCUACUGGAGAAUCUCUCAUUCUCAGAUCAAAACAUCAUAUUAAUGGCAAAGGCAAACUAUUUCAAACAUUUGCUACAACGUCUAUCUACAGGACCAGAGGAUGUGAAUAUGAUUAUGGUAUCGACUUUGGCAGACAUGGAGUUGACUGACCACAAUAAGGCAUCAUUAUUUGAAGGAGGUGUGCUGGGUCCAUUACUUCACUUGGUCGCAAAUGGUGAUUCUGAGAUGAAAAAGGUGGCAAUUAAGGCUCUUCGGAACCUCUCCAGUUUGCCAGCAAAUGGACUGCAGAUGAUUAGAGAAGGAGCAGUACGCCCAUUGCUUGACCUUCUCUUCCGACACAUCUCAUCAUCUACAGGUUUGCGUGAACAGGUGGCUGCAACAAUGAUGCACCUGGCGGAGUCAACAGUAUCUCAAGAGUCCAGCUCAACACCACUUUCGUUGUUAGAGUCUGAUGAUGACACUUUAAUGCUCUUCUCCUUGAUAAACUUGACAGGGCCAAAAGUGCAGCAUAAUAUUCUCCGUAUCUUCUAUGCAUUGUGUCAGUCCCCCUCAGCUUCAACUAUCAAGACCAAAUUGACUGAGAUUUCAGCCAUGCAAGUAUUGGCACAUUUAUGCGAGCAUAAUAACCAAAAUGUACGAGCAAAUGCUGUAAAGCUGUUCUGUUGCUUGGUAGAAGAUGGUGAUGAAGCCAUCAUUACGGAGCAUGUGGAUCAGAAUUGUCUCAACAACUUGCUCAGGAUUGUCCGGUCUUCUGAUGACAUGGAAGAGAUUGCUUCAGCAAUGGGCAUUAUCUCUAACCUCCCAGAAAAUCCCCAGAUUACCCAAUGGCUUCUAGAUGCUGGGGCACUUCAAGUAAUUGUCAAAUGUAUUCCGAAGAGCAGGCAAAGCGACCCCCAUAAGAACCAGUUAAUUGAAAACGCUGUGAGAGCCAUAUGUCGUUUUACAGUUUCAGAAGAGUUGGAAUGGCAAAAGAGAGCAGCAGAAGCUGGGAUUAUUCCUUUAUUAGUACAGUUGUUGGACAUUGGGUCUCCUUUGACUAGGAAAAAUGCUGCUGUUUCUCUGACUCAUUUUUCACAGAGUUCACCGACACUGAGUCGACCAAUACCGAAGAAAACGGGUUUAUGGUGUUUCUCAGCUCCACCAGAAACUGGCUGCAGAGUUCAUGGCGGCAUCUGUGCUGUUGAAUCAUCAUUUUGCCUUGUGGAAGCCGAUGCCAUAAUCCCACUAGUGAAGGUUCUUGAAGAUCCUGAUCCUGGAGUCUGUGAGGCUUCUUUAGAAGCAUUGUUAACCCUAAUUGAAGCUGAAAGACUUCAAAGCGGCAUCAAAGUGCUAGCAGAAGCAAACGCAAUCCCAUCAAUUAUAAAGUUUCUCGGUUCUUCCUCUCCCUCACUGCAGGAGAAGACUUUAAAAGCUUUAGAAAGGAUAUUCCGAUUGCCAGAGUUCAAACUAAAGUACGGAUCCUCUGCUCAGAUGCCUUUAGUUGACUUGACGCAGAGAGGGACUGGCAGCAUGAAGUCUCUAGCAGCCAGAAUACUGGCUCACCUGAACGUCCUCCAUGACCAGUCUUCUUUCUUCUGAAGCAAAAUAACGGCCCAGCUUAAUCAACGACGAGUAAAAGAGACUAACAAGUUCAUGAUCAUCGAUGUUCCUGCUGUUAUAAUGUUCAAACAGUUGAUCUACGACAGGGGCAUGUGACUAGCAGCUAAGAUGAUGAACCGUCAGAUACGAAGCAUAUCUAUGUGUAUUCUGCUGUCAUGAUUGUCCGUCCGAGUGGCUCAUAUUUUUCAAUGCCACAUCUAUUAUGUACAGUUUCAAACCAGUAAAAAUUUGCAUGUAGAAGGGAAGGAAGCUGUCACCAUUAUCAGAUUAGCUAGCCAUUCGCUAUUUUUUUUAGUUGAAUUUAAAUUAGUCCUAUUUGUGAGACAGGUUAUGUUACAUUAUGCAAUGAAUUCAAAAUUCUUGAUUUAUUAUUUA